CUAGCUCGUUACAAAAACAGCAAUGAUGUUUAUUUAAGAAUCAAAUUCGCUCACACUUCUUUAGUCCCGCGUCUGUGCGGUGUCGCGUGUCGGCCUUUGUCGCUUUCGCGAAAUAACAAACCAUGAAAUCAAUAUACAGUAAAGUCUGAUCAUGUACCCGGUUUAUUUUAUUUAGUGCUUACAAAUUCUGAAUUUCAUUCUUCACCUUUCACAGCAAAACAUCCUCGCAAAAUUCUCUUGGAAAAGCCGAAAUUCUUCCGAACACGUUGUUAAUUUUGUACCGAAAACAUGGAUAAACCAGCAAACGGCAAGGGCACAACUUGUUACAAAGUCGUGUUAACAGGAGGACCAUGCGGUGGGAAAACUACCGGCCAAGCUCGACUGUGCACGUUCUUCGAAAAUAUGGGCUGGAAGGUGUUUCGGGUGCCAGAAACUGCCUCUGUUCUACUAAGCGGCGGGAUCAAGUUCAGCGACUUGAGUGAAGAAGAAGCCGUUAAAUUUCAAGAAAACCUUCUAAAAACCAUGAUACAGAUCGAAAACACCUUCUUUGAACUUGGAAAAUCUUGUAAUAGGAAUUGUCUUAUAAUUUGUGAUAGAGGUGCCAUGGAUGCUUCAGCAUUUAUAACCAAAGAAAAAUGGGAACACAUAAUGAAAGACAACCACUGGAACAACGUGGAGCUUCGCGACAACCGCUACAACCAGAUCAUCCACAUGGUGUCAGCAGCCAAAGGAGCCGAAGAAUUCUACUCAAUCGAAGAUCACAGUUGUCGGUCCGAAGGCGUCGAAUUGGCCCGUGAGCUGGACUCGAACGCCGCCGCAUCCUGGGUAGGCCACCCCUACUUCGACGUCAUCGACAACUCCACCGACUUCGAAGGGAAAAUUCGAAGAAUGAUCGGGUCGGUGUGCCACAAAAUCGGCAUCGACACCGGCGACAGGUUGCUGAAGAACGCGCGCAAACUCAAGUUCCUAGUCAAAGGACCUCUUCCCAGCGAUUCCGUGUUUCCGCCGUUUCAGGACUUUGAAGUCAUUCAUAACUAUUUGCAGUCUAAUUCGCCGAAUCAAGUCAGAUUGCGUAAAAGAGGACAGAAAGGUCAUUACAGUUAUAUUCAUACUGUAAGGCGCCAAAAUCAGCCAGGUGGUCAAAUAAUAGAAGUAAAAACACAGAUAACCCACCGAGAUUAUAUCAAUCUGUUAACCCAGAAGGACAACUCCCAUUUCACGAUUUACAAAAAACGAAGGUGUUUCAUUUACAACAACCAAUAUUUUCAGCUUGAUAUCUACCAAGAACCGACUCAUCCAAGGUGUAGAGGCUUAAUUUUACUUGAAACGUAUUCAACUCUAAAUGAAGUUAAUUUAAAAGAAACCCUUCCAACGUUCCUCAAAAUCGAGAAGGAAGUCACUGGUAAUCCCGGUUAUUCGAUGUUUAAUUUAUCCCUAAGAGAAGACUGGAAAACGUCGAAGAAAUUCUGUUUUUACACACCCGGCCCACAGGAUAUUCCCACACACGACGCUGGGCACGAAAUUACCAAUAGUCAAGGCGGAGGACUUCCAAACGGGUUAGACUGUAAAAAAGUACUGAAAAUGAAUGGCCACACUGACGUGAAGGGUAAAGAAUGUAAUGGAAAAGCUUAAUUUUUUAACGUUUAAUUAUCACCCACUCGUAAUGAAUGUAUCAGUUUUAAGUAAUUUAAAAAUGACGUAUACGUUUUUUCAGUAAUUUAUUGAGUAAGAUAGCCACUUAAAUCGUGCGAUAUUUUAUUGACUACGCCGCUGUCAACAAAAAAGUUAAAUAAUAAAUUAUUUACUUUCAUAUUUUUAAGAAAGAUUUACCUGUUUGAGGUUGAUUUAGCGAUAAUUACGUUUUUUAAGGCGUGGUUAACCUUGAUACGUUCGUCACGAUUGGUCAAACCUCGUUUGAUUUUUUGUUUUAUUAAGUUGUACCUAUUCUUUAUUUAAAUGGUUAUUUAUUUAGCGAAAUUUGUAAAAGAUUUUUUGUAGACAGUAUUUUUAAUGUUGUAGCGAGUUGUUUGUUAAACAGUAUGUAAAUGUCCUCUACAUUUUAGACACUUACUUAAUUCUUAGCUUUAAAGUACCAGUGGUAAAAAAUUGAGUCUAUUUCAUGUGUACUAGCAUAUAUCAGAUGUAAAUUCCCAUAAAUGUAAAAAUUAGAUCAGCUAACCGUCUUAGUACAUACUACUAGUGAAAACCAUUUCAUCAUGAUAAGAAAAUUACAAACUGUUUAUUGUUUUUAAUAAAUAACGACUACGGGAAAAUGAUAAAUUUUUCUCAAUUCUUAUCACUGUUAUUUGAACGAAUACUAUAAUUACACAUUCUUUGAUAGAGAGUUCAAUUAGGGGCAAAAUAAUAUCAUUUUUUUCGGUUCGUGUUGAACUUCGUUCGCAUUUGUCUUGUCCAAAACAUGAUUAUAAAACUAGGGUACCUGUUGUGUAUUUAUUUAACAAAAUAUUUAUGUUCAAAGAAAAUAAACAACCAAGUUAUACGGAAGUAAUGGGAGCCGCCACUGUAGUGGCGUUUUUUGCUAUCUCCUUGAUAACUUUCUUUUUAAAGUUCCUUAUUGUACACUAAUUUUAAUUAUUGGUGAACAAGUUUGUAUAAAAUACUAAUUAUAGUCAAAAAGACUUACAAAAAAAAACAGGGAUAACACAGCAUUUUUAUAAUGCUUUUUUCCAGUAAAAUACGACUUUGCAUAUUUAAAACUUAACGCAUUUACGGUUUUAUUCUCAUCUCUGCCUUCUGUAACUGUGGCGCUUAGAUGAGUGUGAUAAGAAUCAUGAAUUCUUCUAUCUACUUAAUAUUUUAUGUACUUACAAAUACGGCACAUUGCCACGUCAUGACAUAUUAAUUAUGUAGUAUUUCAGGCUAGUCAGGGACAUAAUGUUGAAAGUGAAAUGUUUAAAACUAUAUUUAGAAAAAGUUACAGGUUUAGCAAAUUUAAAUCAAACUUAUACAUCCGUGAUGUUAUUUUCCCUGGUUAACCUUAAUAAAUUAGUCACACAUA